AACCACCACCAUGUCUCUCUCCUCCGCCUCCGCCACCAUUCCCACCACCAAGCCCUUCUCCACCUCCGCCGCUCUCUCCUCCUCCUUCCUCCUUCGCCUUCCUGUCAAACGCUUUUCUGCUCUCUCCCUCAAUGCUUCCUCCUCCAGACCUACGGUCGUCUCAGCCUCAAUGGAGGCCGGAAUAGGCGUCAUGGGCACAAAACUAGGAAUGAUGUCAUACUUUGAUUCCUCCGGCACCGUUAUCCCCGUCACCGUAGUCGGCUUCCGCGAGGGCAACAUUGUCACGCAGGUGAAAACGGAGGCCACCGACGGGUACGAUGCGGUUCAGGUUGGGUACCGGAGGGUACGAGACCGGAAACUGACGAAACCAGAGCUAGGGCACUUGGAGAAGUCCGGAAUUAUUCCCCUGCGCCACUUGCAGGAGUUCAGGCUGCAGUCGGUGGAAGGGUUUGAGCCGAAUCAGCGGAUACUGAUGCAGGAGCUGUUUAACGAAGGAGAUUUGGUUGAUGUUUCAGGGACCACCAUCGGGAAGGGGUUCCAAGGUGGUAUCAAGAGACAUAAUUUCAAGAGAGGGCUUAUGAGUCACGGGUCGAAGAGCCACAGACAGCUUGGAUCCAUUGGUGCCGGCACUACUCCUGGACGUGUGUACAAGGGCAAGAAAAUGCCCGGGAGAAUGGGAGGCACCAAGACCAAGAUUCGAAAGCUGAAGAUCGUCAAGAUUGACAAUGAACUCAACGUCGUGAUGAUCAAGGGGGCUGUACCUGGUAAGCCUGGAAACCUUCUGCGUAUUACUCCCGCAAAGAUUGUGGGCAAAAACAUACCAAAAAAUUAGAUUUUGGCUGUUGUAGUUCUCUCCUGUAUGGUCUUGAUUCUUUUGUAAUUCAAGUUUGCAAUCAAUAGUAUUUCAAUUCAUAUUCAGUUGGUAUC